ACCCAAAAACUAAACCGCCAAAAUGUGUGAUGAUGAUGCGGGAGCACUGGUCGUCGACAACGGAUCCGGCAUGUGCAAGGCCGGAUUCGCCGGUGAUGACGCCCCCCGCGCCGUAUUCCCCUCGAUCGUUGGCCGACCCCGGCACCAGGGUGUGAUGGUCGGUAUGGGUAACAAGGACGCGUACGUCGGUGACGAGGCCCAAUCCAAGCGAGGUAUUCUGACGCUCAAGUAUCCGAUCGAGCACGGCAUCAUCACCAACUGGGACGACAUGGAGAAGAUCUGGCAUCACACGUUCUACAACGAGCUGCGAGUGGCGCCCGAGGAACAUCCGAUUCUGCUGACUGAGGCCCCGCUGAACCCCAAGUCUAACCGCGAGAAGAUGACCCAGAUCAUGUUUGAGACGUUCGCUGCGCCGGCGGCUUACGUGGCCAUCCAAGCCGUGCUGUCGCUGUACGCUUCCGGUCGUACCACCGGAGUGGUGCUCGAUUCCGGCGAUGGUGUCUCGCACACCGUCCCGAUCUACGAAGGUUACGCCCUGCCCCAUGCCAUCCUCCGUAUGGAUUUGGCCGGUCGCGAUCUGACCGACUACCUCAUGAAGAUCCUCACCGAGCGUGGCUACUCGUUCACGACCACGGCCGAGCGGGAGAUCGUGCGAGACAUCAAGGAGAAGCUGUGCUACGUCGCGCUCGACUUUGAGCAGGAAAUGCAGGCCGCGGCCGCUUCCUCCUCCUCGGAGAAGUCCUAUGAACUGCCCGACGGACAGGUCAUCACCAUCGGUAACGAGCGCUUCCGGGCGCCCGAGGCCCUCUUCCAGCCGUCCUUCCUGGGCAUGGAGGCGACCGGUGUGCACGAAACCGUGUACAACUCGAUCAUGCGCUGCGACGUGGACAUCCGUAAGGAUCUGUACGCCAACAGUGUGCUGUCCGGCGGUACCACCAUGUACCCGGGUAUUGCCGAUCGUAUGCAGAAGGAAAUCACCUCGCUCGCGCCCUCCACCAUCAAGAUCAAGAUCAUCGCCCCGCCCGAGCGUAAGUACUCCGUCUGGAUCGGCGGCUCCAUCCUGGCCUCGCUGUCCACCUUCCAGACGAUGUGGAUCUCGAAGCAGGAGUACGACGAGGGCGGCCCCGGAAUCGUCCACCGCAAGUGCUUCUAAGCCGCCUCCGGUCAACGUGGCGAAGAAGAAGGAGCUUCUCCAACAAUUACUUGAACAAUUACCAAUACUACCAGAAGACACAACAAGGAUUGGUGACCAGGAACAACAACAACUACAACAACAACAGCACAAGAAACAUCAUAAACAACAACAACAAAAGCAGCAGCAGCAGCAGUGUGGUGAUGGUGGUGGUGAAAACAAAAGUGGGCAGUGCUGCGGCGGCCAUGUCCGUGACGGUCGUGGCGACGGCCCAAACUGUCCCAGUAAUGGCGUCGGCGUCCCACUCUCGUGUGGUGGCGCAACAACUACAACAUCAACAAUCGCUCGUGUUCAUUUUUAUCUAUCGUUUAACAUUUUUUCUUUUGGAAAUAUAUUUUGUAUGCAUCUAUCUGUAAGAAGGGAG